UAGGGAUGAAAAAAAUUAAAUGUCUUUAAAUAACAUCAUCCCAGAGCGUGAGUUAACUUCCACCUCCUAAAUUAGAUUUUAAGCUUCUACCCAAAUCUAGAUGAGACUUGUUUCACAAAAUAAAGAGGAAACCACAGGUUCCUUUUCAUCAAGAGGGUAAUCUCUUCCUAACUGCGUUCUCUGAAUUUGGCACUUUUUUCUCUUUGGGAUUGUAACCCGGGACUAGGAAGUCUGGACUACACUGGUAAGGAACUCCUCCCCACCUCCCAACUUUCAGUGGUCCUUCCUCCCACAUGUUCCUUUUGGAGAGACUUUUGGGGGAGGUAAGCAUCCCUACCGCAGGGUGCUGAGACAGCCGGCAGCAGCGGAAACCACUAGCUGCACUGCGUUUGAGUCAAGUGAUCAAGGGGAAAAAAAAACAACAAAAAAAAAAACAACUAAACUGGCAGCUCUUCUCAAUAGACGAUGAACCGAAUUUGCAGCAGUAGCCACUCAAUUUACUCAAAUAAGCCUCAAAUUUGUUGCUGAAGUUAAAAGGCUCCUUAACCACAGAACUCCUCCCACCCCUCCAACUGCUCUACUCGGCGAGAAGCCACAGAGUAAAGGGGGGAGUCAGAAUUUCGACGGACCCCCGACACUCUGUUUCGGUUCCCAGAGUGCCACAAGGUCUGGACAAGUUUCUCGGUGGUGACUGGGGUGGAAGUGGAGAGUCGCCCCCGGGAGUAGCCUAAGGCGGGGGUGGAGAAAGAAAAGGGCGGAGGCGGCAACGGCGGAGGAGGCACGAAACCGCUGCCGGAGGUUACCAGCAAAGCUCUCCCUUCUCUCCCAAGGCCCCCUCCUCAUUUCUCACCUGGGCUGCUCAGGUAAGGGCUAGGGCGGGGCAGGUUGCUGGUGCGCAGGCGCAGCACGGGAGAGCGAGGGGGCGGGGGUGCUCGCCCCUGCCGACGUUGCAGGCUGGAGCUCACCUGGGAGCCGCCCGGAAGAAGCGAAGCCCCGGCCCGGCCUCUCCUGGCAACGCGGCCGGCCGGGAGGGAAGGGAGAAGGAAGAGGAGGAGGAGCCGGAGCUCGGUCUGGAGUCGUAACAGUAGCAACCGAAGCCGCGGCGGCCGCCGCCGCCACCUGCACCUGGCGUCUGAACCACGUCCAGCGCACCUCACUGCUGCCUUUUCCAGUUGUCCGCCCAGUAAUAGACACAUCAUAAAGACCAGCAAUUUUGAAAGAACUGAGAACUCUGAUCACGUAAUGAUCAACCAUAAUAAUAGAGAAUUGAAGCUGAAACACCUCUUGACAAAGGUGUUACUAUUUCAAGAAAUCUUUUGGCAAGCAAAUAUAUGAUAAAGAACACAAGUAAUAGAGGAAGUUAUAACUGUUGUUAUUCAAGUGACAAACUGUUAAUGUCAGAAUGGCUCACAUAAGACUACUGAUAAAACUAUUCUGUAAAAAACUUUUUCACCACAAAAAGCUCUGGAAGUUUGGUGCAGUGAUUUUUUUUUUUAUGGUGUUUUUGAUUUUAAUGCAAAGAGAAGUAAGCGUUCAAGAUUCCAAAGAUGUAUCAGGGAUGGAGAAAAACAAAAACAAGAUGUUUGAUCUAAUGAUAGAAGCUGUGAACAAUAUUAAAGAUGUUAUGCCCAAAUUGCAGAUAAAAGCCCCUGUUAGACAAAAUAAUAAUGCUGGAGAUAGACCAUGCUUGCAAGGCUAUUACACAGCGGCAGAAUUGAAGCCUUUUCUAGAUCGCCCACCUCAGGACUCCAAUGCCCCUGGUGCUUCUGGGAAAUCAUUCAAGCCAGAAAAUUUAAGCCCUGAAGAACAAAAGGAAAAAGAGAAUGGGGAAGCCAAACACUGUUUUAAUGCUUUUGUUAGUGACCGGAUUUCUUUGCACCGAGACCUUGGACCAGACACUCGACCUCCUGAAUGUAUUGAGCAAAAAUUUAAGCGCUGUCCUUCCUUGCCCACCACAAGUGUCAUAAUAAUUUUUCACAAUGAAGCAUGGUCUACUCUGCUUAGAACAGUCCACAGUGUACUCUAUUCUUCACCAGCCAUACUGCUGAAAGAAAUCAUUUUGGUAGAUGAUGCUAGUGAGGACGAAUAUUUGCAUGAUAAACUAGAUGAAUAUGUUAAGCAAUUUCAAAUAGUAAAAAUUGUCCGACAAAAAGAAAGACAAGGUCUGAUCAAUGCUCGGUUACUAGGAGCAUCAGUAGCAACUGCUGAAACGCUCACCUUUUUAGAUUCCCACUGUGAGUGCUUUUAUGGCUGGUUAGAACCUUUGUUGGCAAGAAUAGCUGAGAACUACACAGCAGUUGUAAGUCCAGAUAUUGCAUCAAUAGAUCUUAAUACUUUUGAAUUCAACAAACCUUCUCCUUAUGGAUAUAAUCAUAACCGUGGAAAUUUUGACUGGAGCUUAUCAUUUGGCUGGGAAUCUCUUCCUGAACAUGAAAGGCAAAGAAGAAAGGAUGAAACCUAUCCAAUUAGAACACCUACUUUUGCAGGAGGUCUUUUUUCUAUAUCAAAAGAAUAUUUUGAAUAUAUUGGAACUUAUGAUGAAGAAAUGAAAAUCUGGGGAGGAGAAAAUAUAGAAAUGUCUUUCAGAGUUUGGCAAUGUGGUGGGCAGUUGGAGAUUAUGCCUUGCUCUGUUGUUGGACAUGUUUUUCGCAGCAAAAGCCCUCAUUCGUUUCCAAAAGGCACGCAGGUGAUUGCUCGUAACCAAGUUCGUCUUGCAGAAGUCUGGAUGGAUGAAUUUAAGGAAAUAUUUUAUCGAAGAAAUACUGAAGCAGCAAAAAUUGUUAAACAGAAAACCUUUGGUGAUAUUUCAAAAAGACUUGAAAUAAAACACCGUCUCCAAUGUAAAAAUUUUACUUGGUAUUUAAACAAUGUUUAUCCAGAAAUAUAUGUGCCAGAUCUUAACCCUGUAAUAUCUGGAUAUAUACAAAACAAAGGCCGUCAUUUAUGCUUGGAUGUUGGAGAAAACAACCUAGGAGGCAAACCACUAAUUAUGUAUACAUGUCAUGGUCUUGGGGGAAACCAGUAUUUUGAAUAUUCUGCGCAACAUGAAAUUAGGCAUAGCAUCCAGCAGGAGUUAUGUCUUCAUGCUGUUCAAGGCCCGGUUCAGUUGAAUACAUGUAGCUACAAAGGUCAGAAAACACUUACCAUUGAUGUACAGAAAUGGGAAAUUCAAAAGGAUCAACUACUAUACAAUCCAUCAUUAAACCUGUGUCUUACAGGAAAUGGAGAACAUCCAAGCUUGGUGCCAUGCAAUCCAUCAGAUGUAUUCCAGCAAUGGGAUUUUGUCAGUCAGGCUUAAGUGUUACUUAGAAUUAGGAAAUUUUAAAAAAGAGAUAUACUUUCUUAUAAAACUGUGACUAGGCAUACACUGUAGUUUUGGAAAAUUAUGCAAAAGCAGCUAAUUGUAACUUAUUCCAAGUGCAUUUUUCCUUAUUUAUAUCUUUAAAUGUGCAAGUGGCAUCACUGCUACAGAAAUCCCUUAAGGUUCUGUUCUAAAGCACAAUAAUAACUAGAAAUACCAAAGACUAUAUUUUUUUUUUUUUUUUUGAGAUAUCCAGGUUUAGGGAAAAGAUGUUUACAGUAUGCUGAAAGUUAAUUUGCAGAAUAAGGUGGUGUUUGUGUGUCAUGUCUUUAAACAAAGAUACAUACAGAUAUAUACACACACACACGACUUAAAGAUAUUAUAUUUCCCCAAGUUUCUGGGGAGUUAGUAUAGAUUUGAUACUGUAUUUUUUUAAUGACUUAGAAAUUGAUCAAUGAAGGUCAGGUAUUGACCUUUAUAUGUGGUGUGCAAACCAGAAAAUUUUAUAGGUCUAGGAUUUAUAUUUUUAUUUAAAUAUACAAGUAAUUGAUUUUUGCCUUUGGUACACUUGUCUGGCAAGUGUUUCUUAAACAUGAUAAUAAAUGAAUAAGUUGGUAGAGGAAUAUUUUUAGCAUUUCAGUCUUGGCAGAUUUUUAACACUACUGUUUGCAAGUCCAGUACCCGUUCUUCUUGAAGCACUUAUGUCUUCCUUUAAUGAGCUUUCUUAAAUAACCUUAUUGUAUGUUUUCCUUAAGCAACAUUUUAAAAAAACUUUUCAUAAGUGACUUUAUAUGGAAACGGUGCUUUCUAAUAUUGGCCUCUUCUUUUUCUACUGUAAUUCAUUAAUCUUGUAUGUUUGUGAAAUUUAAAUUCAAAUGCAAAAUUCAAGUCUUUUGAACACUAAAUUUUAUUUGCUACUGGUUCAAUUACAAAAAAGUCCUUUUUAUGACCUCUCUUUUUCUUAUCAGAAAAGCUUUAUUUCUUUUUGUCUAGUGAAAAACAUAAUAAAGAAAUCUUCAAUACA